AUGCCAGCCCGCGCCCCUCCUCGCCGCCUGCCGCGGCUGGUGCUGCUCCGUUUGCUGUCGCUGCAUCUGCUGCUGCUCGCCCUGCGCGCCCUCUGCCUGAGCGCUGAGCCCGGUCAGGGAGCGCAGACCUGGGCUCGCUUCGCGCGCCCUCCUGCUCCAGAGGCCGCUGGCCUCCUCCACGACACCUUCCCCGACGGUUUCCUCUGGGCGGUAGGCAGCGCCGCCUACCAGACCGAGGGCGGCUGGCGACAGCACGGCAAAGGCGCGUCCAUCUGGGACACUUUCACCCAUCACUCUUUGGCCACCCAGGGCGACUCCCCGAUCAUCGUGACACCGUCGGGUGCCCCGUCGUCUCCCCUGCCCUCCACUGGAGAUGUGGCCAGCGACAGUUACAACAACGUCUACCGCGACACAGAGGGGCUGCGCGAACUGGGGGUCACCCACUACCGCUUUUCCAUAUCGUGGGCGCGGGUGCUCCCCAAUGGCACCGCGGGUACCCCCAACCGCGAGGGGCUGCGCUACUACCGGCGGCUGCUGGAGCGGCUGCGGGAGCUGGGCGUGCAGCCGGUGGUCACCCUGUACCAUUGGGACCUGCCACAGCGCCUGCAGGACGCCUAUGGCGGCUGGGCCAAUCGCGCCCUGGCCGACCAUUUCAGGGAUUAUGCAGAGCUCUGCUUCCGCCACUUCGGUGGCCAGGUCAAGUACUGGAUCACCAUUGACAACCCCUACGUGGUGGCCUGGCACGGGUACGUCACCGGGCGCCUGGCCCCAGGCGUGCGGGGUAGCUCCAGGCUCGGGUACCUGGUUGCCCACAACCUACUUUUGGCUCAUGCCAAAAUCUGGCAUCUCUACGACACCUCUUUCCGCCCCACCCAGGGAGGCCGGGUGUCCAUCGCCCUAGGCUCCCACUGGAUCAGUCCUCGGAGAAUGACCGACCAUAACAUCAGAGAGUGCCAGAAGUCCCUCGACUUUGUGCUAGGCUGGUUUGCCAAACCCAUAUUUAUCGAUGGCGACUACCCAGAGAGCAUGAAGAGCAACCUCUCGUCCCUCCUGCCUCGGUUUACCGAAUCCGAGAAGAGGUUCAUCAGAGGAACCGCUGACUUCUUCGCUCUCUCCUUUGGGCCAACCUUGAGCUUUCAACUGUUGGACCCUAGCAUGAAGUUCCGCCAGUUGGAGUCUCCCAGCCUGAGGCAGCUUCUGUCUUGGAUUGACCUGGAAUAUAACCACCCUCAGAUAUUUAUUGUGGAAAAUGGUUGGUUUGUCUCAGGGACCACCAAAAGAGACGAUGCCAAAUACAUGUAUUAUCUCAAGAAGUUCAUAAUGGAAACCUUAAAAGCCAUCAGGCUGGAUGGGGUCGACGUCAUUGGGUAUACCGCGUGGUCCCUCAUGGAUGGCUUCGAGUGGCACAGGGGCUACAGCAUCCGGCGAGGCCUCUUCUAUGUCGACUUUCUGAGUCAGGACAAGGAGCUGUUGCCAAAGUCUUCGGCCCUGUUCUACCAAAAGCUGAUAGAAGACAAUGGCUUCCCUCCGUUACCUGAAAACCAGCCCCUAGAAGGGACAUUUCCCUGUGACUUUGCUUGGGGAGUUGCUGACAACUACAUUCAAGUGGACACCACCCUCUCCCAGUUUACUGACCCAAAUGUCUAUCUGUGGGAUGUGUAUCACAGCAAGAGGCUGAUUAAAGUAGACGGGGUAGCAGCCAAGAAGAGAAAACCGUACUGUGUUGAUUUCUCUGCCAUCCGGCCUCAGAUAACCUUACUUCGAGAAAUGCGGGUCACCCACUUCCGCUUCUCCCUGGACUGGGCCCUGAUCCUGCCUCUGGGUAACCAGACCCAAGUGAACCGCACGGUCCUGCAGGUCUACCGCUGCUUGAUCACCGAGCUCGUCUACGCCAACAUCACUCCGGUGGUGGCGCUGUGGCAACCAGCAGCCCCGCACCAAGGCCUGCCACGCGCCCUCGCGAAACACGGCGCCUGGGAGAACCCGCACACCGCCCUGGCGUUUGCAGACUACGCAGACCUGUGCUUUACAGAGCUGGGCCAGUGGGUCAAGUUCUGGAUCACCGUGAACGAGCCCAACACGCGGAACAUGACCUACCGUGCCGGGCACCACCUCCUCAAAGCUCACGCCUUGGCUUGGCACCUGUACGAAGACAAGUUCAGGGCGGCCCAGAAAGGCAAAAUCUCCAUCGCCUUGCAGGCUGACUGGAUAGAACCGGCCUGCCCUUUCUCGCAAAAGGACCAAGAGGUGGCCGAGAGGGUUUUGGAAUUCGAUAUCGGCUGGCUGGCGGAGCCCAUUUUCGGCUCCGGGGAUUAUCCCCGUGUGAUGAGGGACUGGCUGAACCGGAAGAACAAUUUCCUUCUGCCCUAUUUCACCGAGGAGGAAAAACAGCUGAUCCGGGGUUCCUUCGACUUCCUGGCCGUGAGCCACUACACCACCAUCCUCGUCGACUGGGAAAAGGAGGAUCCGAUGAAGUACAACGAUUACCUGGAGGUGCAGGAGAUGACGGACAUCACGUGGCUCAACUCGCCCGGGCAGGUGGCGGUGGUGCCCUGGGGGCUGCGCAAAGCGCUCAACUGGCUGCGCGCCAAGUACGGGGACCUCCCGACCUACGUGACAGCCAACGGCGUCGACGACGACCCCCGCGCCGAGCAAGACUCGCUGAGGGUGUUUUAUAUCCAGAACUACGUGAACGAGGCUCUGAAAGCCUACGCGUUGGACGGCAUCAACCUCUGCGGCUACUUCGCAUACUCGCUUAGCGAUCGCUCGGCGCCCAAGUCUGGCUUUUAUCGAUACGCUGCCGAUCAGUUUGAGCCCAAACCGUCUGUGAAACAUUACAGGAAAAUUAUCGACGACAACGGCUUCGCUGGCCCGGGGACACUGGGAGGAGGAUUCUGUCCAGAAGAAUACACCGAGUGCGCCGAAUGCGGCUUUUUCCAAACCCGGAAGUCCUUGCUGGUCUUCGUCUCGUUUCUUGUUUUUUCUUUUAUUAUUUCUCUCGCUCUUAUUUUUUACUACUCCAAGAAAGGCCAGAGAAGUUAUAAGUAGAGUGAACGUCUGCCUUGGCCAUUCCCUUUGGGAUCAAGAUGCACACGCUAUCAGCAUCAGCAUCUGUAUCUCUCCGGGUUGUGAAGCCAAAUUCCACACAUUUGGAUUCUAGGAGACCUUUUUUGUCACGUGUGGUAGAGGUUUUAGACAGGUAUUGGUGAGUAUAAAAUAUUGCAGUGCCAAUAGUAUCUGGAUCUAUCUGGAUCUGCUCUCUUUUUGGUGGCAAUUACGCAACUAUACUGACUGCAGUUUCUGCAAUACCCCCGCGUGGAAGACAUAGAAUACCGCAGUGAUAACAGUGCCAAACAGACAGCACUUUGGAGAACAACUUUAGGAACUUGUUUUUCCGUGUCUGUUUUUUAAUUCACAUCUUUUUGGAAGUAACACUCUCUUCGAUUGCCAUCUUAACACCCGCACUUUACCUGAUCCAGUUUUACAAGGCAAAGUGAAAAAUAUCUAGUAGAGCUGGCCAAGAGACCCGAGGCCAGAACUGCCCGUUAAAAAGCGCUAUUCCUACCAAAUGCUGCUAAUAUCAAUUUACGGAUCUGCUUAGAAAGCACAUUAAUAUUCUCGUGAAUGUUUUUUGAGGUGUGCCCUGAACCCCAGAUCCUUGAGGGCUUUCUCUUACCGACUUUCUUUUCAGAGCCUGCACGUAGGAGAUUCUUUUGAUAAAUGUUCACAAAGAAAUAUAGAUGAGCCCUGAGCGGCUGGCCUCUUCGGAAGCAGAGACUGUAUUGCAACGCACUGCGGCCAUUUUCCCAAGGAAAGAAGGGAUUUAAAAAAAAAAAAAGAGCGACCUGAGUGAUUUGAUUGAACAUCCUUUUGUCUUUGACCAGACCUUGGAAUGAAUGCAAUGACCUUUCCCGUAGGAAGAAGGAUGAGCUCUCUGUCAAACUGUAAAGAAUGCCUCUUCAGAAUAUGCUGUCAGUGCUUGGGUGCCCUGAUUUUCAGAUGUCUUAGUAGCUCCGACAGCAGUGCAGUGUGAGCACACUGGGAGCCCGUCCUCGUGGCCGCCGAGCUCUACCGUGUGCUUCUGUCUCGUGGCCGCCGAGCUCUACCGUGUGCUUCUGUACCUGUGAAGGGGCUUUGAAGUAGCCCCCUCUUUGAACUCUUGCACCAACCAUGCUACUGACUUCUGUAGAAAGGGCUAGUUAGGUCUUCCCCCUUCCACACCCCAUUCCCUAAGUCUUACUGACUCUCACCCAGGAAAGUCUCUCUGAGUGGUCUUAUAGAUAAGCCAAUACCAGAUCAGGCAAGAUAAGUCAGUCACAGCAGGCAUGGCUACGCCUGCUGACACAGGGUCACAGCACACAGCCCAUCACCCUGCUUUCUUCAGCUUGCGAUGUGGUAUGGUUUCCUCACGAAUGAUCAGCUUUUGCUGUGGUAUUGUUUAUACAUCUGGACUUAUUAUUGAAAUCAAACGCUACAGAAUCAAUAGUUUAUUUUAUGUCUAUUUUUCUUGAUUGCAGAGUAAUAUAUAUUAAUUGUAAAAAUUUAAGAAACAAAAACUAUAUGUAAAGAAAAAACUAUAACGUGAUCCAGAGAUGCCGCUGACAGUUCCUUAUGUGUAGUGUUUUGUGUGCUCAGAUCAUGUCAUAUGUAGGCAUACAAUCUUGUUUAUUCAUUUCUGUUGAAGCAAUCUUUCUGUCAUUAGUCUUCAAGGGCAAAGUUCUAAUAGUU